AUAAAAAAACAAAACUUUGUCCUACUCAUUCGGCUAACUUGACCCUUUAUGUAUCACUUAUUUAAGUAUAAAAACCAUCACUUUUUGUAAUUUUUUUUCUGUACCCUCUUUUUUUUCAUAUACAUAAAAUUUCUUUUACAUAACUCAUCAUGGAUUAUGAUUCAGAUUCAAGCGAUUUCCAUUUCCCAAGUGAUACUGGAUUAGCUAAACUCUCUUCACCUUUAUCAUUUAAAGUGCCAGAAAGCCAUGAUUGGGCUUUAGAUGAGUUUAUGCAAACAUUAUCAUCCAAACCAUGUAUGGAAUCAGACAAUUUAACAAGUUUCAAACAGUAUAUUCCUGUGCAGCAAGGAGAUGAUGACUUUAAUUAUGGACCACCAAAAUUAUCCUUAGUAACCUAUGAAGAGAAGGACUUUUUAACACAAAUAUCUCAGCAUUUUGUUGAUUUGGAACGCAGAGAAUUACAUGAAAUUUUAAAAGGCGGUUUCUCCCUUGUACAAAAUGAUAUACAGGCAAAUGCAGGUGCCAGUCCAUUCCCUUCUGCCCAUCCUGAUAUUAGUUGGUUCGACGAAGCCUUGGAUUACGGCCAUAAUCAACAUAAUUCGAUUAGUACCUUGGAAAAUGUAGACUUCCAGCGAUCAAAGAGCUUUAGUCCAUUUGAAUCCCAUCAGGGUCGAUCAACAAGCACUAUUACUUACCCACUAGAAGAAGAGGAGGAGGAAGACGAAUCGAUAAUUGAAGUACAACACCAGCCAAUGGAAAUUCAUAAGCCCUUGCCAGCGUUACCUUCGUUACCAAACUUAUCAACCAGUACUACUGACACAACAAACAAAAAGAAGACUAAGGGGCUUAAACAUAAACUUAAAUCAAAAUUAAUCAAGACAUUUACGCCUACAACAAAUAAUAACAAAAAGUCAUUCUUGCAGAAUACAAAGAAAUUCAUUACAAAAAUAUUCCCUACAAAAACCUCUACUAAAGAUCAGUAACUAACUCGAAAAAAGCUUUCCGAUGGUUUGCAAAAAAUCGUCUGGAAUGAACUUUGAAAAAGCAAAUUGUAUAUAGCACACACACACACAAAAAAAAAAAAAAAAAUUCUCCUUCUUUUUAUAUUAUUUAUUUAUUAACACACUCCUCUUUACUCGAGAUACCCAAUUAUUCCCCCAACCUCCCUAUUUAAACUGUAAACACGUUUCCAUAUUUAUCAAUCGAUUUGAUAAAACCAAAGAAAGAUUUAUA